AUGCCCCGCAGCUCGAAUGCCACUUCCAGACAGCAGUUCAAGGAGGAAAUGCGUGCUGCCUGGGAGGCAGUUGACAAGUUGCUAGACCCAGAGCUGGUUUUUGGCAAGCGCCGUGGCCGCAGAGCGUCCUUAGCCUUGCAGCACGGCUACCAGUUUCUCUUGACGCACGCCAUCCGCUCAAGCAACCACCCCUUUGUCACAGGCAUGACAUUCUUGGGUGCUCUGGCUCCUCUCAUGAAUGGUGCGGCCGUUCAAGUUUUUCCUGGAGAUGCGUCCCCCGUCAACUUCAUUGCCACGUUAGUGAACUAUCCUCAAACACGCAAAUCCCAGAACACAAAGUUGGUCAAGAUUUUGGCGGACGCGCUAGAUGCGCAUGUUGCGGCUUUGGCCGACGAAGCUGUUUCUCGCAGCCUUUCUGAGCAGGGCGACGCAGGUCAACAGCAAGCAGACACAGCCAGUGCCAAAAGGCCUCGAUUGCGCGUGGCCAGUUCAACUAUCACGUGCUUCACGCCCGAAGUGUUUUUCGAGCGCUUCUCUGGCGACUUUCAACAACUGCACAAUGCCGACGACCUCGGUGUGCCGGACGGGCCGCUGUGUCACAGCCAUCUUUUCGAGCUGCGUGCGCCGGUUUCGAUUUCAAUCGCGGCUGCGCUUCCCUUGUGUGCCACUCCGCGACACUGCGACGGAGAACUCAAUGCCUCCUUCCACUUUGGCCGCAUCGCAAAUGUGGACGAAGCGUAUGCCACCUUUGCGGCAUUUGGCCUCAUCGCUGACGAUUCUCGCAAAGGUGCGGCCGCUGCAUUGGCGGUCAACCAGCAUGCGGGCGCCCUGAACCGCUUGCUCCAGUUUGGAGAAUGCUCCAAAACUACAAAAACAAGAGGGUCGUUUGGCGAAGGGACCACCCCGGCAGUGAGCUCCACGAUCAUGUCAAAUAUGCAUCCGGAAGUUGCAGUGCCCAUGGAGAGGGCGGAAAUUGGCAACCACGUUGGGUGCACGAAGGAGCGAAUUGUCUUUUACACGGCGGAGCAUGUGCCGCCGCACAGCCCUUUGCCGCCUGAAUACAUCCUUGCUGAGGGUCACGCGCCUUGGGUCUGGGCAGAGUUGGAUCCUGACAUGGCUUCCUUGUGCGGCCUUAAGUCUUUGCUUGCUGAUCCAGAUGCUGCUGAGAAAGCUGUGGAAGAAGGAAAGAUGGCUAGAGCAUCCAGCGAGAACGAAACCUUUGGCCAAGAUGAUGCUGACGUAGCGCGAGGUGUCCGGUUCUUGCCCGACGCAGCUGGCUACGAUAUGAAGCUGCCAGAUGGUGUUCAAACCAGAUGGCGCUAUCGUAUCGAACCAGGACAGCCGGCAAUGGUCAUGGCAGAAUACCGCAUCGGUGACCGUAAUGUCCCCUUACCUCCAGACCAUGCUCUUCGGCCCGCAGCAGAACGGGUGCUGCGAUUCUUUCCACCUCACACCACGCUUCAGUUUGAUGAAUCCGCCAAGAAGCUUUUCGCGACAAUGCGGACUCAAAGCUCUGUGCAAGACAAAGGGCACUAUGAUGUUGCUGCUCGGCAUGGAGUUGGGCCGUGGAAGCAAGGCUUGCUUUGCGCCGUGUUAGCCGCGUGGGACAUUUUUGUGGAUUCUCACACCUUGUCCCCGCCUGCAGACUUGCAAAGCCCGGAAGUUGUCCUUGGACGUGCGUAUGUCGCCCGCGCCAAGAGUUUGCACAAAGUGCUCGAAGCUUUGCGGGAUGCAUGGGUGGAAGACACAGUCAACCUGCCUGAGGAGCAGAUUCACCCCUUUGCUGAUGUGGCUGGGUCUGUGCGUGGGGAUUUGGUUCCGCCAGGCAUGCCGCCGUUUCCGGCCACUCAAUUGGGUCUGCCGUUCCCUGCCACCCAACCUGAUGAAGCUGCCGACCUGCCGCGCGAGGAUGAUGCUGUGGAAGGCGACCUGCACACCUUGCCAGCUUUUCUAUGCCCGGAUGCAUCGUCGUGUGAUGAGGUGUUGCAAGUGAAGACGCCUGAGGCUGCGUGCAGCUUGUCUGAUGGGUAUGGGGCCGAUGGAAAGACUGUGCAGCCUUUGGAUCAUGGACAGAAGCCUUUGUUCGCAGAUCGAGAGAUUUGCCAGACCACAGUGCUCCUUGGCAAGCCGGUCGUGACUUGGACCAUGGUUCAGGGCCGCUUGCGAAGGGUUGUGGAGCAAGACGAUGGUAGGAAAGUGCGAGCUGGCGUCGCAAAGAAGCAAUGGGAAGCUGUUAUGAAAGCAGCGACGCAAGCCUACCCCAUUGCAGGUUUGGAGGAUGAAGGCAAGGACUUGAAG